CACGCGGGUUCUCGCCGACGGUGACGUUCGACGAACGAGAAUUUAUUUGAGAAAUCCUGAUUUUUGUAGUGCAGUAUUCUGGCUUCCCAGUGGUGUUAAUGCUAAAAAAGUGAUUCCACUGUUUUUUCGCAAUGGCUAGGUAUGGGCAGAGACCCGAAAACGCCCUUAAAAGGGCGAAUGAAUUCAUCGAAGUUGGCAAACCUGCCAGGGCUUUAGACACCCUGCAAGAAGUCUUUCGCAACAAAAAAUGGACAUACAGCUGGUCCGAGUCGGUCCUCGAACCGAUCAUGUUCAAAUACCUCGACCUCUGCGUGGAACUGAAAAAGUCCCACAUAGCAAAAGAGGGUCUUUUCCAGUACCGGAACAUGUUCCAAUCCGUGAACGUCGGAAGUUUAGAGAAUGUUAUCCGCGGGUACUUGCGCAUGGCCGAAGAAAAAACCGAGGCCGCCCGAAAACAAAGUCAGCAAGCAGUGAUCGACAUCGACGAUCUAGACAACCUAGCCACCCCGGAAAGUAUUUUACUUUCCGCCGUGAGUGGCGAGGAUGCUCAAGAUCGAAGUGAUCGCACCAUCCUAACUCCCUGGGUGAAAUUUCUCUGGGAAUCCUACUGCCAGUGUUUAGAAUUGCUGAGGACUAACGCUCAUGUCGAGAACCUCUACCAUGACAUCGGACGCAUGGCUUUCCAAUUCUGUCUCGAGUACCAGCGCAAAACUGAAUUCCGCAAACUCUGCGAAAAACUUCGCAAGCACUUGGAAGACAUCUGCAAGCUUCCGCCGCUCAUCUCCAACGUUUCGAUCCACAAAGCCGAAACUCAGCAACUCAAUCUCGAGACUCGUCUGAAUCAACUCGACUCGGCAAUCCAGAUGGAACUUUGGCAAGAAGCCUACAAAGCCAUUGAGGACAUCCACGGCCUCAUGAAUCUCUCGAAGAAGAUGCCAGUGCCGAAAACUAUGGCCAACUACUAUCAGAAACUCGCUAUGGUUUUCUGGAAAGCCGGAAACUACCUCUUCCACGCCGCGGCUUUGCUGAAACUCUUGCAAUUGUCUCGUGAGAUGAAAAAGAACAUGUCGCCCGAGGAACAGCAGCGUUUGUCAAACCGAGUUCUCCUCGCGACUUUAUCAAUUCCGCUACCCUCGGCUCAUCCCGAGUUCGACCGCUUCAUCGAAACCGACAAGAGUCCGCAGGAAAAGGCUCAGAAACUUGCAGUUCUCCUGGGACUCACACAGCCUCCAACUCGAGUUUCUCUCCUGCGCGACAUUUGUCGCUUGAAUGUCCUCAAUCUCGUGUCACCGCAACUACAAAAUCUUCACUCCUGGCUCGAGGUCGAGUUCCAUCCCUUGGAUCUUUGCAUCAAAGUGGACACUGUCAUCCAGACUCUUCAGGCUGACGAGACGAGCACCUUGGCCCAGUACGUUCCCGCUCUUCAGGACGUGACCCUCGUCCGUCUCGUUCACCAGGUCUCGCAGGUCUAUCAGACAAUCCAGCUCGAUCGUCUCCUGGAGCUUGCAAAAUUCACGACCGAUUUCCAUCUGGAGCGUCUUCUCGUCGACUGUGUGCGAUACAACGACAUGCAAAUAAGAAUCGAUCAUAAGCAAACGUGCAUCCAUUUCGGAGUGGAUCUGGCCGAGGCCCGGAGAGAAGACCAUCCAGAUGGGCCCGUUCUCCAAGCCAUGCCUUCAGAACAGAUCCGUUGUCAGUUGGUCAACAUGGCGAAGGUGCUCCAUCGGUCCAUCAAUGUGAUCAACCCCAACAAGAAGAAGGUGGAGCGUGAGAAGGUGAGAAAUGCGAUGGUAAAUCUCUAUCACGAGACGAAGGGGAAGGAGCACCAGAGAAUCUUGGGCAGACACAAGAUCAUCGAGGAGAGGAAGGAGUACAUCGAGCACAUCAAUACCGUGCGCGAGGAGGAAGAGUUGCGUCGCCUGGAGGAGAUCCAGCGACAAGUGAUGCAGGCCGAGCAGAAACGACUCGACCUGGAGCGAGAGGAGAGGGAGAGAAAGCGCCAUCAGACCGAGAUUCAGCAAAUCAAGGACCGACACUUGAAGGAGAAGAUGCAGCAGAUCUCGCAGACGAGUCAUGGGCAGAAGGUGCUCAAGAAACUCGACGAGGAUGACAUCAAGAAAAUGGAUGCUGAGCAGAUCGCUGCUCGCGAAGCCGAGGAAUUGCAGAAGGAGAGGCGAGAGACCCAGCAGAAACUCAAGUCUCAGGAGAAGAAGGUGGAUUACUUGGAACGGGCGAAGAGAAUUGAGGAAAUUCCGCUCCUCGAGAAGGUCAUGGAGGAGAAGAUGGAGUUGGCGAAGCAGAGAUGGGAGCAACAGGAGGAGGAGAGGAUUCAAGCGGCGAUUGAAGAGCGCGAGCAGGCUGUCGCGACGAGAGAGCGUAUGGCGAGGAUGAAGGAAGAUCACGACAGUUUCUUGCAGAGAAUUCUGGCUGAGAGGAGAAAUAUGUAUUUGGAUAAGUUGAGGGAGUUUGAGAAGAGGCUGAAUGAGGCGAGGGCGAAGAGAUUGCUGGAGAGGAAAAUUCAGAGGAAGGCGGAGAGAAAGGCGACUUGGGUGAAACAGAGGCAGGAGGCGGCGGAGAAGAAGAGGUUGGAGAUGUUGAGAAUUAAGCAGGAGGAGGAGAGACGGAUUUUGGAGGAGGAGAGAGCGAUGAGGGAGGAGGAGGAGAGGAUCAAACGGGAGGAGAGGGAGGCGAAAGAGGCGGAACAUCAAGCCAAGUUGGAUCAUAUUGCGGAGAUCACGAGAGCGAGGAAUGAGGAAAUUGAGCGGAAGUUGGAAGAGCAGAGGCAGAAGGAUAGAGAGAGUGCGAGAGAGAAACCGGAUCUUUGGCGGCGUGGAGGAGGAGGAGGAGGAGGAGGAGGAGGAGGAGGAGGAGAGAGAACUGAAAGAGGUGCUGAGAGAAUUGAAAGAGGUGGAGAUAGAAUUGAACGAGGCGGAGAGAGAAUUGAAAGAGAGAGAGCUGUGGAUAGAGGAGAUCGUGGAAUGGAUAGAGAUAGAUUCAGCAGAGAUGGUCCUCCCAGACCAGAUACUGGAUCCUUCUGGCGGUCAGCAAGAACUGCUGCUGCUGCUGCUGCUGCUCCUGCAGAUGGUCCGAAAGAUGAUUGGAAGCGAAAUGAUUCUGACGACAAUCGUUUCAGAAGUCGUCGUGAAAUUCCUCCUAAAGAAAACGACGACGAUGGUCCUAGACGUGAAAUUCCUGUAGAAGACGACGGUGAUAGAAGAAAAAAAGUCGAACCCGCUCGCGAAGAUACAGAUAAACGCUUCCAAAGAAGAGACAUUAGCCAAUUGGCUGCUGGUCUUGGUGGUGGAGGAUCGUGGCGCGAUAAUAUAGGUGGACCAGGUCGUGAUCUACCUCCUCGCCGAGGAAUGGAUGAUCGCGAUAAUCGGGAUUCACGGGAUUCGCGGGAUUCGCGAGACGCGCGUGACUCACGAGAUUCGCGAGAUGAACGUCCAAGAAUGGGUGAAAGACGCCCUUUCCGAAAUGAAGAACCAUCUCGAGGUGGUGCUGGAGGCGGUGGAGGUGGCGGAAUGAGCAGCUGGAGGUCUGCCAGAGCCGCUGAGGCAGCGAAAGAAAAUCCUCGGGAUUUUAAACGCGAGGAUAGGCCAGAUCCCGCAGAUCGCGUAGAGGAAAAGCAACCAGUUCGUGAAGAAAGAAAGGAAAACCGGCCGCCAGAAGACGAUGGCUGGUCGAAAGUUAGUCGUCGUUAAUGCCAUUUUAUCGAAUAAUUUUGAAUUUUAUACUUCAUGAAGACAUAUACUGUACGAAAUUUCGUCUCAAAAUAUUUGAUCAUUUGACCUGGAGUAGCUUCUUUAUCUUGUAAGUCAUCUAGUUUUUUUUUCAAUAUCAUAACGAAGCUCUAAAUAUGGAAACUUAACAAAAAAAGAUCCUAAUCACGAAUACGACCCGUAGACUUUUUUUUUAACUUGUUUUCUAUCAAUUAUAGUCCAAAGGGACUUUAUGAUUUUUUUUUCAGGAAUUAAAAAGCUGCCUCGUUAAAAAUUAUUUUUAAAUGUCGACAAAUGGAAAUGUGUUUCGAAAUAUUUUGUUUCACGGAAAAGUAGAAAUAAGUAGAAAUCUUGAUAAAUUGAAACUGAUAAUUGCCAUCGAAUAUUGGGGUGUCUUAGUUACAAAAUGGCACAGAAAUGUUGGAAAAUUAUUCACGCUAAAAAGUGAAAAUCGCACACAUUCAGUAAAAAAUAAGCAAGGUUGAUUGUUAGGAUAUAAAGUAUAAAAAUUAAUUUAGGAUUCGUAGUU